AUGGAUACAUAUAAUCUGCAUCCCAUCCCAUCAGAUUUGGAUAUUGUGGAAAAUUAUCUAAAAUAUCGCCAUUCCACCCCUUUUGUUUUUGAUACUCUGGAAAGCUACCGUUCAACAGAUGACUCUGAUCCUUUGUCGUACUCGGCAAAAAUUAUCGAGUGUUCUUGGGAUUCCGAGAAAGAGGUAUGGGUAUGUAUGCGGAUCAGAACAGAUAAAGGGACCCCAAAUGAUUUCAACACAUACAAGAAGGUUAUGCGAAGUAUAAAAGACAAUAUCACAGAGGACAUCUUGUUGAAUGAGAUUAAUGAGAUUAUUCGCCUGCCCAUGUAUGCUGAUAGAAUACGGAAUGACAGCAAACCCCACCCUCAUUCUAAUCCGGCACGCCGUCGGUGA